CGGAGCUUCGUCUUCGUGCCUGUGACUGUCAGUUUAUUCUCUGACCGGGAGUGUCGUUACCGUUACUGCAGCACUGACAAUGUUUUUGUGUUCUUGAAUAGGGAGAACCUGCUGACAUGUUUCAGAGAGAAAUCCACGGGAGAAGAGAUUACAGAUGCACACGCCGCAAUUAAGAAUGAAUGGAGACAAUCAGAUGCACCUGCUGACAUGUUUCCAACCACCAGCAGGCGCAAGAAAGCCUCUUGCUUCUCCUUCUAGUGCUUGCGUUUGGUGGAUCUGAAUCACCUUCCACCCUUCCUCUGAUCUGCCUGCCCUCCACGCCUUCUCCUCCCCCUGCUGGCGGCUUCGGGCACCGAAGCAGAGGAGGGGCGUCUCCAAUUCCCCAUGGCCACCAAGGUUCUUGACAGGCUCACGGUGGCGGCCUCGCCUCCGGCGCCCGGCGGCGUGCUCCCGCUCACCUUCUUCGACGUCCCGUGGCUCUUCACCGGCCCCGUAGAGCGCGUCUUCUUCUACCCCUACCCGCACACGGCGGAGCAAUUCAGCGCCCGCCUCCUGCCGCCCCUCGUGUCCUCCCUCUCCGCCGCGCUGCACUGGUUCUACCCGCUGCUCGGCCGCGUCCGCCCGUGCCCGGACGGGGGCGGCGGGUACGAGUUCUUCUCCGCGGGUGGGGAUGCGGGCGAAGAGGGCGUCGAGCUCACCGUCGCCGAGAGCUCCGACGACUUCGACGAGCUGUCCGGCGGCGGCCCGAGGGACGUUGCCCGGCUGUACGCGCUGGUGCCGCAGCUUCCCCGGACGGAAGACGGGACCUUCGCCCUCGCGGCGGCGCAGGUCACGCUGUUCGCCGGCCGGGGGAUCGCCGUCGGCGUGUCCAUCCACCACGUGGCCUGUGAUGAUUCCAGCUACAUGCACUUCGUCAAGACCUGGGCCGGCCAGUGCCGGGUGGCCGCCGGCGAGGAGUCCGCCGAAGGCGCGCUGCCACCGCCGCCGCUCCUGGACCGUGGCGUGGUCGCCGACCCCGAGGGACUUGCCGCCAGGACGCUCGACGAAAUGCGUAAGCUGGCAGCCAACGCCCCGCCUCCUCCUCCUCCGCCGCCGCCGACGAAGCUGGUCAUCGCGUCGUUCGCGGUCAGCCGCGACCACAUCGAUAAGCUGAAGCAGCGCAUCGUCGCCGAGGGCAGCGGGCGUGUCCACUGCUCGGCGUUCACGAUGGCGUGCGCGUUCGCGUGGGCCUGCCUGGCGCGGGUGGACGGCGGCUGCGCGGACGCGGAGCGGCGCGCGCACCUGCUGUUCUCGGUGGAAUGCCGGCGGCGCCUGGCGCCGCCGAUCCCGCAGGAGUACCUGGGCAACUGCCUCCGCCCGUGCUUCGUGGAGGUGGGCCUGGGCGAGCUGCUGGGCGGCGACGGCGUGGUGGCCGGCGCCGCGGCGAUCGGCGCGUCCAUCAGGGCGCUGGACGACGGCGUGCUGGCUGGCGCCGACGGGUGGUUCCCCAAGAUCCUGUCGCUGGUCCCGGAGCGGCCGAUGUCGGUGGGCGGCUCGCCGCGGUACGGCGUGUACGAGACCGACUUCGGGCUCGGCCGGCCGACGAAGGUGGAGCUGGUGUCCAUCGACAAGACGCCCGGCACGGUGUCGCUGGCGGAGGGCCGCGACGCGCAGGCCGGGAUCGAGAUCGGCGUGGUGCUGCCGGAGGCCGAGAUGGCGCGCUUCAGCUCCUGCUUCUCCGACGGAUUGGAGCAGCUGUGAGCACCUUGGCGUGCAGGUGGUCGGUCAGCUGUGGUGUGGUUUGGUGCUGCUUGUCAAGUUGUUUAUCCGCAUGCAAAUUGCAAUUGCAAUUGCAAUUGUUGGUGACAUAAUUUGGUGGUUAAGUAGUAGUAAUAUAGAUAAUCGAAGAAAUUGUAUAUUUGAGCAAGAGAUGUAUACAUAUAUCUUGGUGUGUGAGAAUCUUUGUUAAAUGAUAUAAACCUGAGUAUGAUCCAAAUGCAGACUGGACAGGCAUAGUUUACUGAA